AUGAUUUAUGAGUACCUUUUUAUAAUAUAUAUAAUAUUUGUGCAUGCGGCAAGCUGCGUGUAUAAAAUAAAACAGUCAGGUGAUAUAUUAUUGACUAAUCAACAGAAUAGUUUAGUGAAUGUGAAGGUAGUUGGUAAAGACAAUUCAUUUAAUUUAGAAUUAAAUAAUUUGAUAAAAUUUCCAACAAAUUGUAUUCCAUUUAGUACUAUAGAUUAUAAUUAUAAGAAAGGAAAGAAGCAUCCUAUAUAUUAUAUAAAACAUGAAUUUAAGAAUUUAAUUUUUUUAUAUAAGAACAAUGUUAAUGUUAUGCAAAUAAUAUUUCCUGAUAGAUUAUAUAUGGUUGGUAUAGGAGUUAAUAAUGGUUUGAUAUUAACAUUAACAGAUGUAGAUAUUUAUAGAAUCGAUACUAAAAAAAAGAAAGUUUUAUUAUCAGCAAUAGAACCUGGAAAAUAUGGACAUAUAUUAAAUAAUAGAGAAUUAUUUUAUACAGGUAUUAUUUCAGAUAGUGUUUUAAAUAAAUUUUUUAUUACAGCUGCUAUAAGAAAUAAUUAUUAUAUAUUGCAUAUACAAUAUAAUGAAGAAAAUGAAACCAUACAAAUCAUAAAUGUUAUUGAUAGAGUUAAUGGUCAAGCUUUAAGAGUAUUAAACGAUAUAAGUGUUGUUGAGGAUGUAUUAUAUAUAACAGAAAAUGCUGAGAAUAUUGUAAAGAUAAAUAUUAAUAGAGAAAAAAAUACAUUUCAAGAAAAAAAUAUAUACACAUUUAAUAAUAAUGAUAAAAUUAUAGGAAUAAGUACAAGCAGACACACUGUUUAUAAUAAUAAUAAUAAUAAUGAUGAUGAUAAUAAAAAUAAACAGGGUGAUAAUACAAAUGAAGUAAACACAUCGACAACUAUCGAUUAUGUUUUAGUAAAUACAAAAAAAAUGUUUAAAGAAAAACCGUCCUCUGAAGGUUGUUUAUAUUUAUUAAAGAUAACAAAUGAUUCUGUUGAGAAGUAUACUAUUAUUGAUCUCUUUAGUAAAGAUAUUAAUCCGUUUUAUUUCUCUGUUUAUGAUGCACAUAUUUCUAUUGAUGAUGAUUAUAAGAAGAGUGGCAUUGUAGAAGCCUUACAUAAACAGAAGAGAAAAUUUUUAAAUUUUGAUAUCCCAAGUGAAGAAAGUGAAACAAGUGAAACAAGUAAUAAUAACAACAAUAAUAAUAAUAAUAAAAAUAAUAACCAUGUUGUUAAAAUUGUUUGGACAAACUACUAUAACUGUAAUAUCAAUAAAGGUAUGGUUGAUUUACGUCAUAUUAAGAUUGAUGAUGAAAGUGAAGAAAAGAAAUUACCUUUUAUUAAUAUUACGAAUCAAUAUAGCUUAGCUCCACAUAUUAGUGCUUCUAGUUAUUGCUCAAGAAAAGAAAAAAUAUUUAAUGAUAUAUGUUAUUAUGAUAGCAGAAAUAAUUAUGUUAGUUUAUUAAAUAGAUCAGAAGAAUAUAAUUUGAAAUAUCAAGGAAAUUUUCUUUUUGACGGUUAUAAAAAUUAUUUAGGUUUUGAUUAUAAAUCAUUUAAAGAUACACAUUUUAUAACAUAUCCUAUAAAUAAUAUGUUAUAUGUUUAUUUACCUAAAGGAUUUGUAACUAUAAACAUACCACAACCAUAUGGUAUAUCUAUAGAUUCAAAAAAUAGUUCUAAUAAUAAUGUAAUUGUAUAUAUAACAGGAAAUGAUGAUAAUUAUAAUUAUAUUAAUAAAUGUGUUAUUAAAAAAAGUGAAAAGGAAUAUGAUUGUUAUGUUGUAAAUAAAAAGAAAAAAGAAGGAAAUGAACUCUUUCAAUAUAUUUCUUAUAUAUCUUAUGGUGAUCAUGAAGAAAAAUUAUCUACCUAUAUAUAUGUAACAAAUAAUAAAAAAUCUAUAUAUAAAUUAACAAAACAAGAAAAUAAAUGGAAUUUAGAAAAGUGGUUUAAUCUAGAUAAUACAUCUAUAAGAAUAGGACCAAUUGCAACAUCAUUAAAUUAUUUCUAUGUACAAAAAAAUGUAUUAGAUGAUCUAAUAAAAAAAUAUCCUGAUUCAACAUUAUUGUCCAAAUUUAAAAAUGUUAAUGACCAAGAUCUACAUAUAACAGAAGAUGGAUAUAUUUUCAUGACCUUAUUCCAUACAGUUAUAUUCUCUUCAAAUAAUGAUGCAUAUGGAAAUGACAGUGGAUCAACCAUACAUUUUUACACAUCUAUCUUGAAAGAAAAAUUCUAUCAGUCCUUUGGUGUAGAUAGUAUAAUUUACAACAUAGAAAAUGAUUCAAAGUUUAGUUAUUAUUUAAGUUAA